AUUCAGUCAUAACACAGGCGGAUGCAGCAGCUGUGGACAAGAAGAAUGAGCAGGGCAUGUUAUGACACUGUCAGAGAGCUGAGGCAGAAAGAAGGAAUCUGAUCUGAAAUCCCAGCAAGGACGAGUUAGUGGCAGUAACAUACCUAAAUGCUGUUUGCUACCCGCCAAUAAACAAGAGGAAGAAGAAGAAGAAGAAAAGAAACCCAAGAAGAAGAACCAGAACUUUGCUCCUGGUGGAAGCGAGAAACGGGCAUAGCUGCCAGAGCCCGCUUGAGGUUGCUGAAACAGCUCGACACGAGUUCGUCCACUUAACGGGACCCCGUCAGACAUGACUAGAAGAAAUCCGGGAACCAGACUCGACUUGAAUUGGGUCUCCAAGGCGAGAGUCAACACCCAGGCUGUUCUGAAGAGAGCUCAGCAGAUUCAAGGACGCAAGCUGGCUAAGAAGCAGUGGCAGGCCGCUUGGUUGCUUAAAGCAGUCACGUGUGUCGACCUGACAACACUAGCUGGGGAUGAUACACCCUCCAAUGUCCAUCGGUUAUGUCUGAAGGCCAGUCAGCCUGUCCUCUAUGACCUGCUGAAGAGCAUGGACGUACUUGAUGAAGGUGUGACCACUGCUGCAGUGUGUGUGUACCCCGCCCGUGUGGCAGAUGCUGUCAAAUCUCUUCAAGCAACCGGUUCAACAUUACCAGUUGCCUCAGUGGCCACUGGUUUCCCAGCAGGCCAGACCCCCCUGAAGACCCGUUUGGAGGAGGUUCGCUUGGCAGUGAUGGAUGGUGCCACGGAGAUUGAUAUUGUCAUCAACAGGACAUUAGCCCUCACAGGACAGUGGGAAGCCAUGUAUGAUGAGGUCUGCCAGUUCCGAGAGGCCUGCGGUGACGCUCAUAUGAAGACCAUCCUCGCUAUCGGAGAACUGGGGACCUUCACCAACGUCUACAGAGCAAGCCUGGUGGCCAUGAUGGCUGGAUCGGACUUCAUCAAGACGUCCACAGGGAAGGAGUCAGUGAACGCUACAUACCCCGUUGCCAUAGUGAUGAUGAGGGCCAUCCGGGACUAUUUCCUGUACACUGGCCACAAGGUGGGAUUUAAACCUGCGGGGGGGAUUCGUACAGCCAAGGAGGCCCUGGUUUGGCUCACCCUGGUGAAGGAGGAGCUGGGCAAUGAAUGGCUCAGCCCACACCUCUUCCGCUUGGGGGCCAGCAGCUUGCUGGCAGACAUUGAGCGACAGAUUUAUCAUCAUGUGACAGGACAAUAUGCAGCCUAUCAUGAGCUCCCAAUGGCAUGAAAUCAAGCAGACAGCAGCAACACUGACCAGUGUGAAUCUCAAACAACAGAAGCUCAUCACUGCUCAGUGUUGCUCACACAAUCCUCAAAGCCUCAAGAGUUGCAUUCCUUCUGAAGCCUCAAGUAUCAAACGGGGAACAACUCGUCCUCAUGGACUGUUGUGACCCAUUACAUCAUCCUUGUGAACUGUUGUGACCCAUUACAUCAUCCUCAUGGACUGUUGCGAGCCAUUAAGUCAUCUUCAUGGACUGUUGUGACCCAUUAAGGCGACUUGAAGAACUCUCGUUGCCCAGCCUAUUGUUGAAGAACCCUGGAUGCCCAGCCUAUUGUUGAAGAACCCUGGUUGCCCAAACUAUUGUUGAAGAACCCUGGUUGCCCAGCCUAUGGUUGAAGAACUGUGGUUGCCCAGCCUAUGGUUGAAGAACCCUGGUUGCCCAAACUAUUGUUGAUGAACCCUGGUUGCCCAGCCUAUGGUUGAAGAACCCUGGUUGCCCAGCCUAUUGUUGAAGAAUCCUGGUUGCCCAGCCUAUUGUUGAAGAACUGUGGUUGCCUACCCGAUAUGCAUACAGACGUCUACUAGACUUUACAAAGUUUGUGAGUCAAUACGAAGGACAUGCAUUUAUAUCAGUUUUACCUCGGUAAAGAAAGAAAAAUUUGAUUGACAAUUAUACAGAAUAAGAAUAUUUAAAAAGUUGUUUUCGUGCCUCAGGAAUCAAACAUGUUAAAAUAGUUUCAGAAUUAAUAAAUUGCUUUUGC